AUGAUAAUAAUGAACGUAGAAGAAAAAGAUGGUAAAACAGGUUUUGAAUGGGAUUACUUGACUCGAAAGAGACAGAUAUGGGACGGUGGUUGGGACCAAGAAGUAUUGCCUUUAAAAGGCCAGGAGAUGAAAGGGAAGCAGAAAAAGACAAAUUUCAAGUACACAAAUGGACCUAAGUGCGGAAUUACUGCAAUAUAUCUGUUACAAUCUAUUUCAAUCACCAAAAAAACAAAUGUAAGAUUUCAAGUUAUCCUUUCUGACUACAGUGUGGUCGUUUCCAUGAAAGAAGCAUAUCUGCAACGAAAUGCUAGAUUCAACGUGCUGAGCAAAAUAAGCAUUAACAAAGUUGGUUCUGACGCAUUAAACUCUUCUUAUUUUCUCUUAUUCUGCAUUUAUAUUAGUGACGCCAUAUAUGUUGAUUACGCUACCAACAAAUUAUUUAAUUUUUUUCAAGAUGAAAAUUCACAGAGCAUUUUAUCACAGUAA